AUAUGUUUGUUUUUUUUCCAGAGCUGGGAUCAUGGCUGUUGACUGGAUUGGUUUUGCAUAUGCUUCAUUGCUGGUGUUUGGAGGUGUUGUAGCAUACACUCGUAAAGGUAGUAAAAUCUCUUUAGCUGCUGGACUCACCUUUGGCUCAGUGGCUGGUUAUGGAGCUUACUGUGUAACAUGUGAUCCGAGAAAUGUGAAGAUAUCAUUGUUUUCAUCUUUUCUUUUGACCAUUAUAAUGGGAAUGAGGUUCAAGAGGUCCAAGAAAUUAAUGCCAGCUGGACUAGUAGCAUUCCUGAGCCUUUUGAUGAUUUUGAGGCUUGUUUUUAUGCUGCUGUAGGAGAAUUUGGAACCGAAUAUGACUGCCAUGCCCACCAAACAGACAUGCUCUCCAUACUUGAAAGACAAGUUUGAACACAAGUCUUAUACUGCAUUUAUAUAAUCUGUAAAAAAUCUGUACCUGUUAUUUGAUUAUUGACAUGUGCUGAUAUUUUGAAAGCUUUUUUUAAAAAUUAGAGCAAGUGUUUUGUUGGUAUAUUUUUAUCUACUUUCAUUUAAGCAGUCUAUUAAUUCAUGGGAUCUUUCUUUGGUAGUUUGAUCUCUUUUAGGGGUGCAGAGCACCCUAAGAAAUUGAAUUACUCUUGCACUGUAUUUCUGAAAUAAUAUCUAUAAAUAUAUGUUUAUGCUAAAAAGGUAUCUUGAAUUAAAGUAUAAUUUUGUAGUUUCUGAGAUUAAAUAAUCAGUUCUAAAUCAAGAAAGUCUUUGGCCUGUAUUGUGUUGCACUAGAAAACCAACGUCCUUUCCAACACACAUUCUUGUUCCCCUGGUUCUCAAUAUAAAAAAUCAGUGUUCAAAUAAAAUGUUAAAUGUUCA